AAGCUAAUUAAAUAAAUCAAUUAAAGAACGAAACGAAUUAAAACAAUGAUCAAUUCCUUUGAAAAACAUUUGAAGGGCGUCAACGCAAACGAGAGUUCUCACGUCGUCACCUGCUCCUUGUCUUGAUACUCUUUGUUUCAAAGGAUUCCUCUUAGUGUGAAAGACCAAAAAUGCUAGGAAACUGUGACAACAAGAUCAUCACUCCCAUCUCUUCCACCACUAAUCAAUGGCCACAGAAUCAGAUAAUACUGGAUGAUCACAAAAGCUUCAUGGCUUCAUCGUCAACAAAUAAAGUAAUGGAAAAACCUGAUCCCCACCCUCUCAAGUGCCCCCGCUGCGAUUCCUCCAAUACCAAAUUCUGCUACUACAACAACUACAGCUUGUCUCAGCCGCGCCACUUCUGCAAAGCCUGCAAGCGCUACUGGACCAGAGGCGGCACCCUCCGCAACGUCCCCGUCGGCGGCGGAUGCCGCAAGAACAAGCGCCCCAAGCGCCACUCCGACGCCGCCGCCGCCGCCUCCCAACCCCACAUGGAUCUGCCCCCGCCCCCUUCCAACCAUAUUCAGCCUCCUUUGUUUUACACUAACCCUCUAGAGCUCAACUUCCCGUUUUCCAGCUUUAGGGUUUCUUCAGAUGACUACGACCCUCAAAUCAACCCUCUCGGGUUAGGGUUUUCAUCCGGGCUCGGGUCGGCCGAAAACGCCUAUAAAAACGGGUUCAAGCCGAUCCAGGAGGCUUCGUCGUCACCUUUCUCAUCACCUGCAAACAGUAACUCCAACUCAAUCUUCUUCGGAUCUUCCUCCGCUUCAACAAUGGCGUCUCUGAUGGCUUCCACCCACAAAUUCGGCGCUCCCGGUUUGAUCCAUUACGAGGAUCCGGGUAUGGGCAAGCAAGUGAAAGCGGAAGGGGAGAAUAUGCAUAGAAUGGCUUGGAACCCGAACCCGAACCAGAAUCCGAACCUAAACACCAACCCUAUCGAUCAGAUUAAUUCUUCUGAUCCAUCCUCUCUCGUAUGGAACACAAGCAGCGUCGGUGCUUGGUUCGACCCUUCAAACAUGGGUUCCUCCGUGCCAUCUCUCAUCUAGAAGCUUCCAUUGAUCUUCUUCGUUUAAUCUCUCUCUUUAAUCAUUCAUUAACUGAUUGGGUGCAGGGUCUUUCUUUUUAUCAUCGGAGCUGGGGUAUAGCCUUUUUUUCUUCUUUUUCUAUGGGUUUUUUUUUCUGAAAUUCCGGCAUUGAUGAAUACUGGAAUGGAAAUAUGAGAAUGUUGGUUAAGGAUGGAAGGAGAGUAUUAGGAUCGGAGUGAUCAUGUCAGCAGCAACCAAAUUGAGCCUGCUUAAUUUUUGACAUGGAAGGCUAUUUUGCGCUGAGAGGAACCUCGGAUCCUCUUCUUCUCAUCGGAACAGGUUUCUUAUUCGACCACAUUGUUAUCUCAGAUUUUAUCGCUUCAUGAAUACCUAAAACCUAAAUUUAUAUGUAUAUAUAUUAUCAUGACAUUGUUUUUUUUUUUUUGGUGUAUUUGUUAGUUUGUGUAUCAGGUUUUUGGAAUUGGGGUUUUCUUAGAUUAAUACAUUUACAUGUUGAUGAAGCAAUUGGAAAAAUGUCUGUAUUUCUUUAAAAAUUUGUUGAUUUUCGGUUUGGGGGAAGUAUAAUGGUAUACAAGAGAGAGGUUAUUGUUA